AUGAAGACUCAUCUCCUCUGCUUGGAGUUACUCCUGUUGGCGGGUCACAUCCUUGUGAUCAGUGGGCAGCUGGAACCAAAGGAACAAGGGCCCCAGGACCCUCUUACUGUUACCCAGAGACUUGGGCUUGUAGAGAGAGAUCUGCAAGGUCCAGUGAGGCCCAACAUCACCAUGCCCCGCCGCCGGCUACCUCCCAUGUGCACCGGACCCACGGAAAUCAGAGACACCUUUAAGUACAUCAAUACAGUGGUGUCCUGCCUGGUGUUUGUUGUGGGUAUUAUUGGUAAUUCCACUCUGCUGAGAAUCAUCUAUAAGAAUAAGUGCAUGCGGAAUGGGCCCAACAUCCUGAUCGCCAGCCUGGCGCUCGGAGACCUGCUACACAUCAUCAUUGGCAUUCCCAUUAAUGUUUACAAGCUCCUGGCGGAGGACUGGCCUUUUGGGGUGACUCUGUGCAAGUUGGUGCCGUUUGUCCAAAAGGCCUCAGUGGGGAUCACAGUGCUGAGUCUGUGCGCUUUGAGUAUUGACAGGUAUCGUGCCGUGGCCUCGUGGAGCCGUAUCAAAGGGAUUGGAGUUCCAAAGUGGAUGGCUAUCGAGAUAGCGCUGAUCUGGAUAUUAUCCAUCAUCCUGGCUGUGCCAGAGGCAAUAGCCUUUGACAUGAUCACCAUGGACUACAAAGGAGAACACUUGAGGAUCUGUUUGCUGCACCCCAUGCAGAAAACCAGCUUUAUGAGGUUUUAUAAAUCAGCAAAGGACUGGUGGCUGUUCAGUGUAUAUUUCUGCCUGCCGUUGGCCUGCACUGCUAUUUUCUACACCCUGAUGACCUGUGAGAUGCUGAGAAAGAAGAACGGUGUCCAGAUCGCUCUCAGUGACCACCUCAAACAGCGAAGGGAGGUUGCUAAGACAGUGUUCUGUCUGGUUCUGGUCUUCGCUCUGUGCUGGCUGCCUCUCCACCUCAGUCGUAUCCUGAAGCUCACCAUCUACGAUGAGAAAGAUCCAAACCGUUGCGAACUGCUCAGUUUCUUUUUGGUGUUGGACUACAUUGGUAUCAACAUGGCAUCUGUCAACUCCUGUAUCAACCCAAUCGCCCUCUACAUGGUCAGCAAGCGCUUCAAGAACUGCUUCAGGUCCUGCCUGUGCUGCUGGUGCCUACCCGCAGAGAUGCUGAUGGAUGAAAAGCAGUUGUGCAUGAAGCUGAAAGUCACCGAACGAGCCUCAGACCAGAGCAACUCCCGCCUGACCAACAAGUCCACUACAGCCUGAGGAGGGGCCUAGAAGUCAGAAAGGAGGAGAUACGAGGACAAAAAAACUAAAUAUUGAAGUAUUGAUGACUGAAUGAGGAUUCUUCAUUCUUGCCUCAUCUGCUUUUGGAAUUCAGCCCUCACUGAGACGAAACUCCUUCUAAUUUAAAACUCUCAACACAUGCCACCAUGGACCGCUGUACACUCCCCCCCGCCCCCAUCCAAGAAGAAAUAAGCAUCAGUGCACUUCAAAAGCUGUGUUCUUGGAUAACAAGUGUGAAUGUGUGAAGCAUGCAAACUGGUGUGAAUGACACCAAAUAUCGAGAACUGAGCAGGGGCGAAGUUCAGUGUUAUGUAAAAAAUUGGGGUCAAGGGUUGAUUAGCAAAGACAGCUCAUCAGGCUCGCAGCCUGGAUGGUGAAUGUUACUUUGACACUAUGAAUCUUGCAAUAAGUCCUGCAUUGUAGGGACUACAUUCGAGUGUGACGCUGUGCUACGUGUUGCUACCACACACACACUGCAGCAGCUUGGAAGAGUUUAAACAGUCAGUCUAAUGCUCUUGUUUGAGAUUUGUUUAUUUUAUUACAUAUUUCCUUUAAUAUGUAUGUAUGUAUUGAGCAUUUUGCAUACUUUAUCAGUUGUUACAUUAGAGCCUUUAAAUGUAUAGUCUGUGUGCAAUUUUCCCAUUAGUUACUAAACUACUGAUGUUGUGUGAUUUCAGCUGUUUGACCAUUCAGCUACUGUAUUAUACUGUUCAAUAUUGGGUCUGUUCAUGAGGCUUUAGUUUCGUGACUGUACUUGCUCCACAUUAUCUUAAUCUAACUCCUUACCUUAGCUGGUAUGACAAGAGGUAGGCGUUUCU